CGUGACUUCCAAAUCUUAGGAACACCUGACUGAAAGCUCACCAUUAACUCACAGGCUGCUCUUGACGGCGAUAGACGUCCAAUCCAUUGGUAGAACGCAGUCAGCCCUCCCAAUGGACGUCUAUAGCCGUCAAAGGCACUAAAACGCGAUCAUUCAGGUGAAAUGGAUUGGACGUCUAUCGCCGUCGUUGGCUGCCAAUUGGGAUAUGCAUGGGCAUCCAGCGUGGUAGUGGGACAUCCUCUGGACACUGUCAAGACGCGGCUCCAAGCUGGAAAAGGCUACAAGAGCACCAUGCACUGCAUCGUCACCACCUACAGGAAGGAAGCGGCGGCAGGCUUCUUCAAAGGCAUGUCCUUCCCCGUGGCCACCAUCGCGGCCUACAACUCGCUGGUUUUCGGCUUCUUCAGCAACGCGCAGCGCUCCAUCUGCAAGCGGCGCUAUGGCGACGAGCGCCACCCCGCCGGAUUGGUCGACGUGGCCGCCGCCAGCAUGCUGACCGGCCUGGUGUCGGUGAGCCUCGGCGCCCCCAUCGACCUGGUCAAGAUUCGGCUACAGAUGCAGACCGCUGGCAGGGCAGAAAGUUUCCAGUUGGCGGGCAGCAUGUCAUCUCACGGCGUGACGGCGGCGCCGGCGGGCGCGCGCUCGCUGCACGUGGCCAACAGCGCCGGCGGCGCCAUCAACGUGUACCGCGGGCCCGUCCACUGCAUCAACAGCAUCGUGCAGCGCGAGGGACUCCGGGGUCUGUACCGGGGGGGCGUGGCCAUGCUGCUCAGAGACAUCCCCGGCUACGCGCUCUACUUCGUUCCCUACGCCGUCUUCUGCGACCUCCUCAAAAGCGACGGCGCUACCGCACCGCACCCCUGCGCCAUUUGGUUAGCCGGCGGACUCGCAGGUGCCAUUUCCUGGGUGACGGCCACGCCCGCUGACGUGGUGAAGAGUCGCCUGCAGGCCGACGCCCACCUGCACAGGAAGUACAACGGCGUCCUUCACUGCAUUCUACACAGCUACAAGACUGAAGGCGUACAGGUGUUUUUUCGCGGCGCGUCAGUGAACGCCAUCCGCGGCUUCCCCAUGAGCGCCACCAUGUUCUUGGGCUACGAGCUAUCCUUGCAGUUCUUCCAGCGCUUUUAGCCGUGCACGGCGACGCUUCUUUCUUGUUCAACUUGUAAUUAUCCGACAAGUUACACCUUUUUUUGUGUGUGUCAAUAUCCUUAACUUUUGUCUUGUUACACACAAUGAGUCUUAUUUGAAUGCUUAAUUUUUAUUUCUUUACAAACAAUGUAAUAUACUGUAAAUAGUUUGUGUUUCUUAUAUUAAGAAAAGCUUAUUGUAUUCAUGUAUUCAUGUGAUGUUACUACAUAGACAAUUGCGUUCUGCAAGAAAUCUAUUUUUUGUUUAGUCGCCUCACGCUAUGUUCAUGUGUAAAGUGCCAU